AGUUCAAUUGCUGCUUGUUCUUUGAAAUUGGUGACUCGUCAAAGUGCCGGACCAUGUCUAAUUUAUCGAGUGUAACCCCUAAAUCCUUUGGAUCACGUAAUCCAAGUGUGGCGUCCAAAUUGGGCGCACCUAAGAGUACCACGCCAGUCUCAAAAACUCCAACGAAAUCUGUGACACCUGCAUCUGUAGCCCCUGUUAAGAGUGCUACUCCGGUCGCAGCCUCUGCAACACCGGUUGCCAAAAAUGUGUCACCGGCAGCACCAAAAACAAUAACACCAGUAUCGGCUAAAGCUCCGACACCUGUGGCCCGAAAGACCGUAACACCAGUAUCGGCUAAAGCACCCACACCCGUGGCCCAAAAGACAGUAACACCAGUAUCGGCUAAAGCACCGACACCUGUGGCCCCAAAGACAGUAACACCAGUAUCGGCUAAAGCACCGACACCUGUGGCCCCAAAGACAGUAACACCAGUAUCGGCUAAAGCACCGACACCUGUGGCCCCAAGUCCUGCUAAAGCAACUGAAACACCCAAAGCUGAAACGCCCAAAGCUACAACACCCAAAGCUGCAACACCCAAAGCUGAAACGCCCAAAGCUGCAACACCCAAAGCUGAAACGCCCAAAGCUACAACACCCAAAGCUGCAACACCCAAAGCUGAAACACCCAAAGCUGCAACACCCAAAGCUGCAACACCCAAAGCUGCAACACCCAAAGCUGCAACACCGGACACCAAACCUGCACCAAAAGCUGGAAUAUCUCUGGACGAGGGAACGGUGGUAACCACUAAAGACGGUUCUGUAAUAGGAUCAGUAACAAAUCUAGACCAGUCCUUUAAAGUAGGAGGAUCUCCAGUAAAGACAGCAACUCCAACAGGCUCUCUCUCAGUCGCCUCUUCUAAGUCGAGUAAGAGUGGUGGUAAAGCUAUCAGAUCAAUCUCAGGAGACGAUAUAGCGAAGUCCAUAGCACCUCCCUCCGUGGGGAGUAGUGAUGGCGGAGAAGGUGAAGCAGCCGCUGUUGUAACGCCAAAAACAGUUGACACAGGUAGCAGAAGAUCAAUCCUGAAGACACCUAAGACCAACGCAAGUCAACAAUCACUAGGUCGGAGUAGUCAACAGUCCGAUCACCACGAAAACGGACAUGAUGUCGCUUUCUCCAGUCAACAGUCACUUAAUGAUGAUCGUAAAACAGUGUCUAUCAAGGAAAAUCCGGAGGUGUUUUAUGUUGACCGGACAUCUGUCCACAGUACAACAAGAAAAUCUAGCAGCCGUGCAUCCUCUGGUGACCACGUCAUUCAAAUAGAGGAACAAAAGAAAAGCGAUGAUGAAAAAACAAUAACUCCAUCUGAAUCAGCACCCAGUCUGCAACAAAGCGCAUCUAUCCAAGGAUCAGUGUCAGAACCAACAGAGUCACACCAUUCCACUCCUCAUAAAACACCUCAGCUGGUUUCACAAGCUUCAAUACCACUAAAAUCUGUCUCACAAGCUUCACAUCAUUCUGCUUCACAAGCUUCACUUUCACUUCAUUCUGUUUCACAUCACAGUGAUCAGGAUCAUACUGCUCUCGUGAUAGAGAACCCUCUAGCAGAUCUAGCUUCCCCAGCAGCCAGCUCCGUCAGGGCAUCAGUGAGAACUAUGAGCAAGCAAGAUAGAUCCAGUAGCAGUGGAUCUCAUCGUAGCAGCUCCCACCACAGCGGCUCUCACCACAGCAAUGGGAGUGUCAGAAAACCUAGCCGUCAGAGUUCAAUCCGGAGUUCAGCAAAUGGUUCUGUUCGUGGAUCCUACAGAGAAUCACGAGGGUCUGUGUCCGUGCCAGGAGGUAAAAGCACAAUGCACGGUUCAUCUGCUCACAGCAUGGCUGAUGAUGUUAGCCUGUAUAUAACACCUAUGAUACAGCCACUCUCACAGACGGACUCAGUUCUCAACAGUAAAGACGUAGUUGAUCCUUUCAAAGCGUUUGCUCGUAAGAUAGCAGCCCAGUUCACCCCAGAAGACAUAUCAGCGGUUCAUUAUCUGGCGAACAUUCCCGAACGUGUACAAAGCAAGCUUACAACUGGAGUGUCACUUAUCAACUAUCUUACCAACAGCAGGAGGAUGAACAUAGAGUUCCUGACGAUCCUACUUGAGGAAAUGGAGAGAGUAGAUCUGUUGGAGGAGCUCCUGGCAUGGGUCCAAGAUAAGGAUGAUACAGCACGUGCAGCCCAGAAACGUGGCCAGAGGGUCGGUAUAGCGGGGCCCAGCGACGAAGAGAGCACCUUUAUCACAGUCUCACAGCGAAUGAGAGACCGCAUCAUGGACCCUGGAACACUAGUUAGAGGGUGUGAGGAGCUGGUGAAUCUUAUGGGAGAUAUCCGAGCCCAAGUGGCAGAGUGCAGCAUUUCCAUCAUCCUGGCAGCCAUGAGACAUCACAUUAUGAGUGAGCCAGUGCAGGAAGCGGGCUGUGUGACGCUGGCUAAUGUUUGUUAUCAUCACAGGGGACUACACGCUCUUAUUGUUAUGCAGGGGGGUGUAAGGCACAUCCAGUUGGCGAUGCGUAGUCACGUGAGCAAUGACCUGGUGCAGCGCGCAGCAUGCGGCGCUAUCGCUAACCUCGCACUACGCUACGACGACAUUAGGAAACAGUGCGUUAGUGAUGGAGUUUUGAAGAACAUCAUAAAUGCUAUGUCCGCACACAAGGAAGAGUCUGAAGUACAAGAGCAAGGUUGUUGUGCCCUCUGUAACAUGGCAACAAACCAGCCAGAGAUUCAGCAGAAAGUAGCGGAUAUGGGCGGCCUUGAGUGCAUUGUAACUGCGCUCAAAGUGCACAAGGGAGAUGAGAUGGUAGUGGGGAAUGCGCUCACUGCCAUACAGAUACUCUGCAGUUAUGACAAGUCAGUGCAAGAACAAUGCCUGAAGCUGCACGUGAUGGACUACGCUAUAAACUCCAUGUUAAUGUUCCCAGCUAGUGAUAUCGUGAUGGAAGCUGCGUCCGGGGUUCUGGGUAACAUGUGCUCUCACAGUCCUAAAAACAGAGUCAAGGCUGGCAAGAACGGUGCGAUAAAGAUGUCGAUAGACGCGAUCAAGAACAUGUCAGCCAACGAAGAUGUAGUCGCAAGAUCUCUAAUCAUGUUAACAAAUGUGUGCUUCAAUAACGAUCUCAACAGAAUCAUUGCCAAGAAACUUGGAGCAGUGGAAGCCAUUGUGAUAGGCAUGAAGGCACAUCCUGAAUCAACAAAAGUUCAGAGACAAGCCUGCAGAGCUGUGUCUAACAUUUGUAUAAAGAACGUAGACUUAAAACAAGAGGUGCUGUCCCACAAUCUGAUAGACCAGGUGGUGAUCGCUCUUACUAACCACCUCAACGAGUCACGUGUUGUAGAACCUGUGCUCUCUGCUCUCUACUCUCUCUGUGUUUAUCAUGGUCUCAGACAGGAGAUAGACGAGACAGCGAUAGAGAACGUGAUCACAAGAAUAAGGGAGGCAUAUCCUCCAGAGAGUGAUAUUCACGAGAAAGCGGUGCUCACUGAGACCGAGCUCAAGUCUGAUGAUAACUGCUUUGGUUUCAUCGGAAAUUGGAGAAAAAUGUCCCACGCGAUAUGGGGUGGUGGAGACACUGUUGUAGAUGACGAGCGACUGGAUAAGACACCAGGAACCACAAUACCCCAACAAGCCAAAUCCGUUCUUUCAGCUAAAAUCGAGGGUUAUAUCUCAAGAGCUUCCAGAAAAACUACUCCGAUGACGGUUGAAGUACAAGAAGCUCCACUGGGAAGCAAGUCCCCAAAUGUAUUGGGCGACACAGCUGAAGUGGAUUUAGAAGCAGGAGUAGGGCCCUCAACUUCAGGAGCAGGAUCACCAAGUGGCCCUGGACCCUCAGGCCUCUCCCUGCCACCCUCAGCUCAACCAACAUCACAACCUACAUCACCUGCUGCCACUGGAACUCCAGCCCUGGUCCUGAAAACGCCAACUUCCGGGAAACCACCGAGCAGGACUCCAGCAGGAUCUGCUGCCAAAACACCAGGAUCAGGGAAACUGGUAACUCUGGCAUCUCAACAGGGAUCUAAACCAACUGAGGAGAUAGGAUCACCAACGAAAACACCAGGAGUGAAAAGCAAAACUCCAGGAUCAAAAACGCCCCACGAAAGUGUUCAUUCAAAACAAGCAACACCAGUCGCCCAGCCUUCUCCGAUAAAGAGUAGUCCACGAAAACAGAGUCGAGCAGAAGCAGCCGAGGAAGUAAUAGCUCGUAGUCAGGCCUCCCAACGUUCUGCACUACUCGUUACACCAGCUAAAUCAAGCAAGUCUGUUGUAAGUGCUAAGGUUUCAAAACACGAAGCAGAAGAAGAUAGGGGAUCAGACCGAUCCAUUUCACCGAGUCAGAGAUUUACUCCUAACAGAGGACUUACAGAAGCCGAAAUAUUCUAAUUUAGACAACCUUCAUAGGUAUUUCAACGUUUAGUGUCAUGAACAACUUCAGAAAAGAGCAAAACUCUUAAUGUUGAAGAUCACUGAUCAGUAUGCAAAUUUUAUCUAGAUGAAGAUAGAUUAGCUGCCUGGUUACUUUAAAAGAUGUUUUCAGAAUUUGUCAAAGCCUUUGAUAUUUCUUUACCUUGUACAAUGUGUAUAAAUCCCAUAAAUAAAGAGAACCUGAAGGAAAAACAUACGAAAUAGAAGUUAAACUUACUUUGUUUGAAAGAGCUGACAUUUUAGCAGCAUAGUACUCGGCGUCAGCUUGGGAUCUGCUUCGAGCAAGAUUUGUGGAAUCUAGGGAUAUAUUAACGUUAUUUAAUUUAAGUCACUUAUUAGGCUCUUUCAGUAGAACUUAUUGUAUGUACAUAAUUUAUGUAUAAGUUGUAUUAUAUAAUAUGCACUUUAUGCGUUAAAGUGUCAAACAUA